ACAGCUUUCCCCAGACAAGGCAGCUGACCACAGGUGAGUCUCAGCAUCUAUAGUUAUCAAGUACCCAGGAUGAAGUCAGUCCAGUUUUGCUUCCUUUUCUGUUGCUGGAGCGCAAUCUGCUGCAACUGCUGUGAGCUGACCAACAUCACCAUCACGGUGGAGAAAGAGGAAUGUGGCUUCUGCAUAAGCAUCAACACCACAUGGUGUGCGGGCUACUGCUACACCCGGGAUCUGGUGUACAAGGAUCCAGCCAGACCCAACAUCCAGAAAACAUGUACCUUCAAGGAGCUGGUAUACGAGACGGUGAAAGUGCCCGGGUGUGCUCACCAUGCAGAAUCCCUAUACACGUACCCAGUAGCCACUGCAUGUCACUGUGGCAAGUGUGACAGCGACAGCACUGACUGCACCGUGCGAGGCCUGGGGCCCAGCUACUGCUCCUUUGGUGAAAUAAAAGACUAAAGAGCAGUGGACCCUUUGAGCUGCCUACCCUUGUCCUGAAGGACCAAGACAUCAAGAUGUCUGGGUGUACAUGUGCCCAGGCUGCAAACCACUGUGGGAGACCCCACUGAUCCCUGCUCCCCUGGAGAAGGGGUAGGGGGCUCCAGGAACGGAGAAUGCUGGGGCCUGGAGCCUGUCACCACUCAAUCCUGUAUUCUAGGUUCCAUAAGUUUUAUUCAAUCUUACUUAACUUACAGACACAGGGUUGCUUUCCCGCUUAAUAGUCCUAGAAAUCCUCCCAGGCAAUCUGUUCCUCUUAGAGAUAGGGAUAUGGGCCCAGAGGAAGGAAAUAAGUUAAGAGUGGGUGAGAGUACUAAAUGCAGCAUUCCUGCCAGACUCCUGAGCCUUCAAGAGCAGCCCCAGCCUCUUCUUCAUGACUAUAGCCUCAAUGCCUAACACCAUGCCUAGAAUUUAGUAAGAAACUCAACAAUGCCUUCCUUAAGGGAACUCAGAUCAGAAAGGUAGGGGGUAGGAAAACACUGAAAGAGGAUGUUUGAGGCUAUCUGAUGAGGCUGCGCUCAGCAAUGCUGGUCGGCCCACCAAAGCAGGGCGUCAGUUGCAGUUCCACCUUGCCUCUCCUUCUCUGGCACUUGGAGGACUGGAGACAGGAUACAUCUCUCUGAAUUGUUCAGGCAGGUGGAGGUUACCAAGCUCAGGAUUUCCAAGCUAUUACUGCCAACCAUUUUAGUUAAGGGCAAAAGCAAGAAAUGUUAAUGUGGGCUUGUGGAAAUGAGCCCACAUCUAUUCCAUCAUUUAAAUAAGUGGAAUAAAUGCUGUCAGGCUCCUGCAAAACUCCCUUUGCGAUGCAGAAAAAAACUGUAUCACCCUGCCCUCCAGGCUAGGAUCCACUCCUUUGGAGAGAGGUAGAUUUGAAAGCAGGUUUGAAAGCAAUUUUGGCAACUUAAUAAGUACAUUUAUCUUCUCUACAAAAUACAUUUGUGUAAAGAAAUAGCUUUUUUAGGAAGAAUUAGACAUGAGGGAAAAAAAAAAAUCUAGCUGCUGUUUUCCAGAAUCCUCUCUAUAUCAGUCUUCUCGUUUGUCUAUCAAUGUUCUCCCAAAUCUGUUUCUUACAAGAGGGUAAAUAUUGAAACUAUUUCAUGAGUUGAUUUCAAGAUGUUACCUCUCUUAAUUAUGUACUUGUUUCAUGUUCAGAUUGUUUAAUUUAUUUAAAUCUUAUUUUUUUAAUAAAGAUGCUAGCCACCAGA